GACGACGCGACGACGACGACAGCCGACGACGACGCGUCCUAUCGAGAGGUGCGGUCGCUGUACAUAACGCUUCUGGAGGCGCAGAACCUGCCGUUGAAAUGCGCGCCCAAUCCGUACGUCGAGAUUCAGUUCAACUCUUCGGUGAAAUGCGCGCGAACUUCAGUCAAGUGUCCGCCGGAUCCCAUUUGGGAGGAGGACUUCCCGCUCGAAGACAUUCCUCCGGAUGUGCUUUCUUUCUCUUUCGUUCUUUACAACAAAGCCAAACGACAGAAGGACACGGAAAUCGCGGAAACGACUCUCGAGUUGUCGAAACUCGCGAACAACGAGGAGUUCGAGGACUGGUUCUCCCUCUCCGGUCUCUGUCCUCCGAUUCGCGACUCUUGGGGCCAAUUGAGGGCCAGAAUCCGCUUCACGCGAGAACUCAUCUUAUCGUUCGGCGAGUAUUCGGCUCUCAAAGACCUCCUCUUAAUGACCGAAGACUUGGAAGUGAUUCAAGUCUGCGAACUCUUCUGCGCGCGCGAUCGCCUCCCAUUGGCCACCGCUUUGCUGAAGAUCGCGCGCUUCGAGCGCAACGAA